ACUAUAUUGAUCAUCUAUUAUACAAUGUAUCUACUAAAUUUAUAUUUUACCAUCAAUUUGCUUUAUUAUAUUACUAAGACUAAUAAUUGAAUCUGCAAAGCAAUGGGGCCUAUGAUCCGCCCUUUGAGCUGUAUUCAACUCACAUUUUAUCAAUUUUUGUGUUGACUGUUCUCUCUUUGCGAAUAUCUGUGUUCAUCAAUAUUUCCAGUAAUCCUUAAUCAUGGCUGCUGAAUUGAUUGGAGGAGCGCUUCUCUCUGCUUUUCUUGAUCCAUUGGUUGAAAAGUUGGCUUCUGAGGUGAAGGACUUCUUCAAAGGAAAAGAGACCAUUCUUAAGCUGGUGAAGGAGUUGAAUACCACCUUGUCCUCGGCUGGUCUACUGCUCAUUGAUGCUGAGGAGAAACUGAUCAAAGACCAAAGAGUCAAGAAGUGGCUUGAUGAUCUCAAGGACACCAUUUAUGCUGCAAAUGACUUGGUUUAUAAGAUCGACACCGAAGCAUUGCGAGACAAACUUGAAAUAAGUGAAUCUCAAAGCGGCUACACUUGUUGUAAUAAGGUACUACUCAUGAAACUCAUCCCAACUCCUCUUACUGCUUUUGAUAAGGCAAUAAAAUCUGAGAUAGGAGAGAUCCUUGAAAAAUUGAAACUUCUUUUAGAUUAUAAAGAUCUUGGUUUGAAACGUAUAGAAAAAGAAAAACAUCCAGAGAGAGUAUGUGCUCCUUUGGUGGAAGAAUCAGAUAUUUAUGGAAGAGAUGAUGAUAGAAAAACUCUACUUAAUUUUCUACUAUCGGAUGACAUGAGUGGUGACAAAUUUUCUGUGAUUCCUAUAGUGGGAAUGGGUGGUAUGGGGAAGACAACUCUUGCUCAACUCGUGUACAAUGAUGAAAGAGUCAACCAAAAGUUUGAUACCAAAGUGUGGAUUACUGUGGGAGAUGAGAGUAAACUAGAUAAAGUAAUGAAGAAAAUUGUCCAGAAGGUGGACCAUUCUGCAAAAUGUGAAAUCGAAGAGCAGUAUGAGCUUUUAGAUAAAGUAAAGAGGGUUUUGGCUGGGAAGAAGUUUCUUGUGGUUCUUGAUGAUGUUUGGGAUGAGGAUCGUAAUAGUUGGGAGGUCUUGAAAAGUUGUUUUACUUCAGUGCUACAUGGAAGCAAGAUCAUUGUGACAACUCGUAGUGAUAUUGUUGCUUCAAUUAUGGAAACCGAGUCAACUCAUUACCUACAAAGAAUAUCAUUUGACAAAAGUUGGGAGUUAUUUGCCAAAUUUGCCUCAAUUCAUGAUGUCAACUCGUGUGAGUACUCAGAUCUCGAAGUAAUUGGUAGAAAAAUUGUUGAUAAAUGUAAGGGUCUUCCUUUAGCAAUAAAGUUACUAGGUGGUCUUUUACGUGGUAAACAACAUAGGGAGGAUUGGAAUGAUAUACUAAACAAUGAUAUAUGGGAGUUGUACGAGAGAAGAAGUGUUGGAAUUCUUCCAACUUUGUGGUUGAGUUAUUUUUAUUUACCUUCACAUUUGAAACCAUGUUUCGCUUAUUGUGCCAUAUUCCCAAAAGAUUACGAGUACAGAAAAGAAGACAUGAUGUUGUUAUGGAUGGCUGAAGGUUUUCUACAUCCUAAGCAAGAGAAGCCAAUUGAAAAGGUUGGAGAAGAGUACUUCCAAGAUCUAAUCUCGAGGUCAUUUUUUCAACCAUCAAGUGAGGAUGCCUCAACAUUUCUCAUGCAUGACCUUGUUCAUGAUUUAGCUAUGUUUGUCUCUGGUGAAUUUUGUUUGGCAGUGAAUGAUACCAAAAUUUCCAAGUGUACAAGCAAGGUUCGUCAUUUGUCAUUUAGGCAGGAGGGUCAAGUUGUUGGCCCUAUGAAAUUUGAGGAUUUGUCUAUAACUAAUAAGGGUUUGUGCACCUUCUUAUUGUUGUGGAAAAGAGGGCAUUGUCCCUAUUCUAUGGAGCACUUGCUUGAAUUAUUACUAAGCACAAGGGGUUGCUUAAGAGUGUUAUCUAUAGCAGAUGGUUAUAUGACAAAGUUACCUAAUUCAAUAGGAAAAUUGAAGUAUUUAAAGUUCUUGGAGUUAGACUUUUGGAUGAUUAAAGAAAUACCCAGUACAAUUUGUGAUUUGUAUAAUUUGGAGACAUUGUUGUUGGAGAGAUGUGAUAGUGUUACUAGACUACCAAAUAACAUAGGAAAUUUAGUGAAGUUGAGACAUUUUUGUAUUCCCUUUGUAUUAGUAGAGAUGCCAUCACAAAUUGGUUUGAUGAAAAAUCUUCAAACUCUGAAUAAGUUUGUUGUGGGAAAAAAUAAAAAUUCUGGGAUCAAGCUAUUAAAAGAGUUUCAAGAUCUGCAUGGGACUCUUACUAUCCGGGGACUUGAAAAUAUUUGUAGUGUUGAGGAUGUUUUGGAGGCAAACUUGAAGAACAAGAAGUUUCUAAAGCUACAUUUCAAGUGGGACGAUAGAGAUGAACAUGAUGACUUGGAAAGAGAGAAAGAGAUACUUGGUGCACUCGAAGCUCAUCAAAAUUUGAAGGAAUUCAACAUACAUGGCUACAAAGGUAGUAGUUUUCCAAGUUGGAUUGGAGAUCAUUUAUUUUCUAAUCUAACAAUGGUGAAGCUAUUAGAUUGUAAAAAUUGUAUCUUCUUGCCCUCACUGGGGCAGCUACCUGCUCUCAAAGACCUUUCCAUUCAACAUUUUUACAGUGUGGUGAGAAUAGAUUCAGAGUUUUAUCAUUCUGCCACUAGUGUUGGUUCUUCUGCUGCAAACACAAAGCCAUUUAGAUCUUUGGAGAGAUUGAGUUUCGAAAACAUGACUGAGCUCCAAGAGUGGUCGUUUAUCGAAGGUGGGGUUUUUCCUCGUCUCAAGUUUCUUGACUUUUUCAACUGUAAGAGACUCAAAGUGUCGUUGUUGCCUCAUUAUUUCCCCUCCUUGAGAGAGCUCGUAAUAGAUACAUGUGAGAAACUAAUGCCUUUAUUCAAAACAAGGGCUGAUCCAUUAAUGGACUCCUCAUUUCCAUCUCUUGAGAUUUUGCAAAUAGCUAGAUGUGAUGGACAGGAAUUGCUUCUACAAGGGGGACUGCCUUCGAGUUUAAAGGACUUUGUAAUUCACAGAUGCAAAAACCUUGUGGCCAUAGACAACGAGUGCUUUCAACAUCUCAACUCCCUUGAGAAUUUGCAAAUUGGCGAAUGUAGUCAACUUCGACGUUGGCCAAAUGAACUCCCCACUUCUCUUUCUGAUCUGGUCAUCUUCGGCUGUAAAUUGCUGAAACCACGACUCCAGAGGGACAUAAGUAAUAAUAUCAAUGUCACUAUUCUGGAAUAUGAAUGUGAUACUACUAAAGAUGACCUCCACACCAGCUCCAGAUGCAUCCGACUUGGUAUACCUCGCAUAUGGAAGAAUAAUCCUUAUUAAAUUCAAAUAAGUGGGACUCGAUAUUUGAUUACACCAAUAGCGGAAUGCUACCUACUUGUGGUGUUGGGCACCAGUAGUGCUCCUUAGCAAUUCUCUUAAUUAAUGAAGGCAUUGAAUAUGAUGAGGCACUACAAAUCUAUGUAUAGCAACAUACAAAACCAACUAUUCGUUUACAAAUCUCUGUUACGGUUCACAAUUCACAGUUGGUCUGAAGUGGAACUAUAAGUCAUGUCCCUGCUGUGAUUUUCUUAAUCGGUGCUUUGAUUUCUUCUUUUAAUCAUAUUCAUAAUUCAUAAUCAUAAUCAAUUCAUUUGUGAGAAAUUAAAGUCUGAAAUAUUAUAUGUUACAAGUGCUGUGCUUAUAGUUUAUGUUUUGAAUUCAUUGUAAAUUUUCAGUUGUGAUAAUAAAGUCAAAGGUGACCUUCAAACUUGGUGGUGCUAUAAGGCGCCUAGUUCUAGUAGUUGGUAUUGGAAAAGAAUUGUUAGGAUCAAAGAGGAUUUCAAGGUUGCUUAUCAAGAAUCCUUGCUCAGCAGGGAUCAGUAUAGUAUAGCUAAUUGGUAUAAGCUAUUGAUAAACAAGUCCCAAACCAGAUGGAAUUAUGCUUUUAUCUGGAAUAGACUUGGUAUACCUAAGCAUAAAUUUGUCUCUUGGUUGAUGUUAAAGCAACGGCUUCCUUCUAAAGAUAGGCUCUUUCGGUUUGGAAUAACCCAAGAUUCACUGUGUGUUAUUUGUGGCCUGCAUGAUGAAAGCCAUAGACAUCUUUUCUUCGAUUGCCACUUUAGUAAGAGCUGCCUUCUCUCUAUAUUGCAGUGGCUUAGAAUUGGUUCCAACUGUUGCGAGAUGAUAGGUUUGAUGAAUUGGAUUCGUCGAAGUAGGCAGUCGGCGUGUAAAAGAAGUGUAUAUUUGUGUGCUCUAAGUGCUUGUGUUUACCAUAUUUGGAAAGCAAGGAACUCUGCCUUUUGGAAUAGGUCGGUUCCGUUAGUGUCCUGUGUUUCUCAAAAUAUCAAGACUGAUAUUUGUAUUAGACUGAGGAGGUUACUUGAUAGGAACCUUGGUAAGGAGGAUUUGGCUUGGGUGAGGAAGAUUUAUUGUAAUUAAUGCUGUUUAGUAGUCUGUUUCUUUCUUUGGUGUCUGUUUAAUUGGUGUUUGUAAUUUUGUUGUGCUUAAUACAAGUUGCUG